UGGCAGUCGGGGUUGGGAGCGGCGCCGUGCGGGCCGAGUCAAGAAAAAAGUGUGCUGGAAGUAUGGCAGUGAGCAAGGCAGAAAAAAGUACUUAUGGGCCUGUGUCAUAGAAGAAGUGCUGGAGGUGAUCAGUCAUGGCAAGUGAUGCCAUCAUGAUGGUGCGAGGGCUGACAAAGCUCAGUAAGGCAGUCCUAGAGACACAGGCAGGACAGCUACGACAAGUAAUCCUUGGUGGGGAUACAUUAACCAUAGCCCGAAGCUUUCAGGCGGUUGCUGAGGAACAGUUCAGUGCUGCUAUGGGGAAAAUGCAGGAACUGGGCAAACAACAGGAAAACUUGAAAGAUAUUGGUGAAGACUUUGGAAAAGAAUACAACUUUUCAGAAUCAGAGCUGGGAGGCAUUACAAAGGACUUCUCUUCUCCUCAAGACCAUAAGCACAGUGGUACAGAGGACCCAUCUUAUCCUUAUGAUGUCAAAGGACCUGUUCAAAGUGGUGGGAGUGGAGAUGCUACUGCAAGUCAAAAUCCCAUUUCUGCCAAAAUAAAUACAAAGCUAUUUGAAGGCUUUAGGGACCCUGGGAAUCCUUUUGCUCUUGUCUUUGGCCAAAUCCGAUUUUUUCACCAAGACCAUUCCCCUGUUGGUGGAUUAACAGCUGAAGACAUUGACAAAGCCAGGCAAGCUAAAGCAGAUCCACAGCAAAAGCCUCACAAACAGAUGCUCAGUGAACGAGCUCGAGAGCGAAAAGUGCCUGUUACUCGAAUUGGAAGGCUUGCUAACUUUGGAGGCUUAGCUGUUGGUCUUGGCAUUGGAGCAUUGGCAGAGGUUGCAAAGAAGAGUCUCAGGUCUGAAGAGCGCAAUGGAAAGAAGGCUGUUUUGGAUUCCAGCCCAUUUCUCUCUGAAGCAAAUGCUGAAAGAAUUGUGAGUACCCUGUGUAAGGUUCGAGGUGCUGCACUGAAGCUGGGACAGAUGCUGAGCAUUCAAGAUGAUGCCUUUAUCAACCCACACCUGCAAAAGAUUUUUGAACGUGUUCGGCAGAGUGCAGACUUCAUGCCUUUAAAGCAAAUGAUAAAAACGUUGAACAAUGAUCUUGGCCCUAACUGGCGUGAUAAAUUGGAGUUUUUUGAAGAGCGACCUUUUGCUGCAGCUUCUAUUGGACAAGUUCACUUAGCUCGUUUGAAGAACGGCAAAGAAGUUGCCAUGAAAAUCCAGUAUCCAGGAGUGGCCCAUAGCAUUAACAGUGAUGUCAGCAACCUGAUGACUGUCUUGAGUAUGAGCAAUGUUCUUCCAGAAGGUCUUUUCCCCGAACACCUGAUUGAAGUUCUAAGGAGAGAACUGGCCCUGGAAUGUGAUUACAAGAGAGAGGCUGCCUGUGCCAAGAAGUUCAGGGAGCUGCUCAAGGACCAUCCCUUCUUUUACGUCCCUGCUGUGGUAGAUGAGCUGUGUGGUCAGCGUGUCCUUACAACAGAACUUGUGUCGGGGUUUCCACUGGAUCAGGCUGAAGAUCUAAGCCAGGAAAUUCGGAAUGAGAUCUGCCACAACAUAUUGGUUUUGUGCCUGAGGGAGCUAUUUGAGUUCAGGUACAUGCAGACUGAUCCAAACUGGUCGAACUUUUUCUAUGACCCAGAAUUGCACAAGGUGGCACUUCUGGAUUUUGGAGCAACACGUGGCUUUGAUGAGAAGUUCACAGAUACCUACAUAGAAUUAAUCAAAGCAGCUGCUGACAUGGACAGAGAGAGAGUACUAAAGAAAUCAAUAGAAAUGAAAUUUUUAACUGGCUAUGAAAACAAGGCUAUGGAAGAUGCCCACUUGGAUGCUGUCCUUAUUCUUGGAGAAGCUUUUGCAUCCAGUGAACCUUUUGAUUUUGGCUGUCAAAAUACUACCGAAAAGAUACAUGGAUUAAUUCCAGUCAUGCUGAAGCACAGAGUGAAGAUGUUAGCAUAUAUUUAAAAUCUUGGCUUGAUUCAGCCUGACCAACAGGCUUCUAACACAUCACAGAAGAAGAUACCGAAUCUGAGAAGGAAUUCCACAAGGAACAUUACAAAGCUAAGUUCCUUGGCAAAGGACUAAUGGAAUCAGCAGCUUGCUGAAGAAUAAAAAAGAAAUACUGCUUCACUCUAGAAACAAGUUGAUAUCUCAAAGUAGCAGCACCAAUGUACUGUAUUAUUUUGUCCCUGUAUUUGUUUUCUGUAUUGGCAAUUUGCUUUCUAUAAUGGACAAUAUAACUACAUGUUAGAAAUUACGUGUAUGUGAAUAUGUUUUAUCUUGCUUCCAUACUCCAAGGGAUAGUUUACAUAUGAUUUUAUAAACCAUAUUUUUGGAGUAUAAGACACAUUCCCGCCCCCUCUAAAAGAGGGUGAAAAUUUGGGUGUGUCUUAUACUCCGAAGGUAGCCCAGACCACCCACCGGUCCCAACCCUUUGGCCUCUGCCUCCCAGCAACAAAUAGCAAAACAGCCCAUUUCAGCUUCAGCACAGCCUGAUUAGCACAAGCAGUUGACAGUCAUUUGGAUUGGCCUCCUAGCCCUCAGCUGUUUCAGGCCGUAGGGAUUGCCAUUACCUAUUGCCAAGUGGACCUCCACUGCUUGCUGCAAGCAAGAAAAUUGCUGGGAGCCAGAUUUUUUUUUCUUAUGCUGAAAAUGAAAAUGAAACUAUAGCAGGCUGUUUGCUGCAACAAGGCAAACUGAAAGGCAGAGUUAUUGUGAGUGUUUUAUGGUUGUAUUUUCUUUUUUGUGUCCUUUUGUUGUAAAAUUUCUGUCUAGAAUCAACAAUUAGCUGGAAUUUAAAAAGCUUUUCACUAACUUAUUUAAAAUGUUACCUGAAGGAAAAUAAAGAGAGUGGGGGAAAAGCUUUACAUCUAACAGAUUGCAUUCUGAAUAACUUACUAAUUCUGAUUACAAUACCAAUCUAUGCAAAGAAAAAAAACUUAAAACAAUUCCAAACUGGUAAAAUUUCAUAUUAUUUCCCAUAUCCAUGCACUAGUGUAUAUCUUGUUUUCCUCCCCAAAAAGGUAGGUGCAUCUUAUACUCUGAAAAAUAGGGAAUUUAUUUAUUACUUUUAUGUCUCAAUUUCUGUUUAUAGAGUACUAUUUAAAAUAUGUCACUGAGUGUGAGUUUGUCUGUGCACAUACAUAUAAUAUGCUUGAAUCCUAUGUAUGUAAAAUACCUCUCUCAUAUGAACUAAUGCUCAGGCAUAGAAGUGUUUUCAGGAACCACUGAAUUCCAUUAAUAUAGGUAUUCAGAUGCAAAGCAAACAGCAAAACACUGUUAUAUCUAUCUUUGGCCAUCUGUUUUCCAUAUGAAACAGAAAUAAAUCUUCCAAAAACACAGCAUGUUUAUGUGGUUGACUGACUUGAAAAACUCGUAAAAUUUAAAAGUAACCUUAAUCUCCUUUUAAUAGAUAUGCUAUGUAAAGACAGUGAGACUUUAGGCCUCUGUUUACCCAAUAUGCUUAAUUGGCUCAUUGGGUUAAUAGGAUGUCAGGUGAACAACUAUGGUAAAUCUAGUUAAAUGUCCAAAUCAAUUCAUCCUCAGGUUAAUUCCUAUAGUCAACUAACUUUCCACAUGGUAUCUGAACUACUUACCUGAAUGCCCUUUUUGAUUUUCAUGAUCAUUAUGAAAUCCUAGAAAAGCUACAAAAAAAUGAACAAUCUCUGGGCAUUAUAAUUUUAACUCUUUUUCUAGCUACAUGAAGGAGUGUGCGAAACAGGCAGAAACAGGUGAGAGUGGGUAAGUUCUCUCUGCUCUUUCCAUAAUGGCCACAGAUUGUUCUCUAUAUGCUAAUGAAAAAAGAAUCAUAAAGUAAAACAAUGGCUUUUAAGUUUUCUUUGCUCUAAAGGAGUGACUGGCCAAAAUAUUCUAACUCAUGUUAGUGAUAGAAAUGGCAAGAUCUCUUCUGAGGUUCUGGAAAACUCUUGAGAUCUGCAUUUGGUCCCAGACCUGAGCUUAAUGGGCUUGUUAUGAUGUUUUUAUUGUUGGUUUCUAAUUCUGAUAAUUAUUAUUAAUUAGUCCAGGCAGUAUGUAUUUAGGUUUUCGGAGGUUUUUUUUUUUUUUGGUAAGUCACCCAGAGUCUGCUGGACUGUAUGGCCAUAACAAAUAAAUAAUAAUAUGUGACCAACCAUUAUUUUAAUAAUAUCCAUUGGGAUGAGUUAAAUCACCAGGAUAAAAUGUUAUGGUUACCAUAUUAUGAAUAUAUAACCUUUAUUUGUUUAUAUAAUUCCCAUUUAAUUCAACUGAGCUUACUCCACGGUACAUUUGCACAGUUGCUUUGACACUG